AUGGUCAACGCCGAACAUGGGGAUGAUGAGUUGUUGCGCAGUAUUUCUCUAGCAGAGGAAGACGUGCUCCUGGGUAGAAGCGGGACUUGUUCUGGAGCGCAAGGGAAACAAACAGGAGGAGCACCAUCCAACGAGUUCUCGGCUUCCUCCACAAGUCGUGGCAAUAAAGUUUCACCUCUAUUUUCGACAACUACGUCAUCGAUUAGUUGUGCUUUGACAGUCGGAGCUGGUGGAGGUGGAGUUGCUGGUGGACUGACAUCUUUAAGGCUACGGAGGUAAAUGCAUAUUUGUAAAAAUUCAUACCCUGCUUCAUUCUGCAAAGAGGUCGACAUUUAACCAUGGUCGUCGCAGCCAUGCCUGUUCCAGUGACAGCCGCACCAGCACCACCUUCAAUAGCCGCAUCUUGGUGCCCGUUCUCCCUUCAAUCUUGAUCCCGUUUCUGAAGGGAGAACGGGCACCACGAUGCUCUUGCAUAUUCUGACGGGAGAACGAGCACCGGAAUUAUGGAAGUUCUAAUAACAGGAGUAGCGAAUGGAGCUAAAGAUCGUCCAUCUACAAACAACAUCAACGGCGCACUCGGUAGUCCUUGUCCUUCGACUGCGAUUUUUGGAUCAGUCGAACCAACGACAUCAGAGGAGCACUUGCAACACAUGAACUACACAUCGUCUUCGUCGAGUAGCUCGUCCACUUGUUCUGCAAAAGUGAAGAUAUUAGGAGGUAACAAGAAUACGAGUUCGUCGACGAAGGUGGUGACGUAUGAAGAUGACAGUGUAGAAGUUGUAGGAGGAGACGGUGCUCCACCUGUAGGAUCAGGAGGACAUCAAGUAAAUGAAUCAAGUACAAGUUCAUCUAGGGAGAAAAAGAAGCUCAGGAAGGACACGCCAGCAGCUAGGACAGUAGCUCGUUUUCCUUCCGAAAUAGUUGACCGGGAUGAGUUCAACAAACUACACAGCGAGGACAAAACUGGUCGUGGUAACAAGAAAAUUAUACGCAAGGACACACCUGCGCCACCUGGAAACCCUACUGCAGGAGCUGCUUCAUCUUCAUCUCAGUCCCAGUCUCAAAUGAUCCUGAGUAACAAAAUAGACGAUGAAUCUUUAGAAGCUGCAAUAGACGAGAUUAUGCGGACAGCAUCACCCGGAGAAAAUCUUCGACCUAAUAUUGGUAUCGCAGUGGAUCCGUGCUCCCGCACUCAUUCCUCUGAGGAAGCUAGUUGUACAAGUUCAACAAGUGCUGGUGGCAGCCCGGAUCAUGAUGAGGACGAAGCUCGGAUUCGCGCAAUGGCUAGUCGCGUUGUGCGCGAUAUUGUAGCACGCAUUCUCCAAAAGUGGGGACAGACAACUAGUACAACUCCUAGUUCUACUGCCGCGAUGGAAGCAGAUGUUAGUGGAGGUGAUGGCAUCGGUGUCGGUCUUCUUGUGAAUAAUAAUCAGAAUAUUUUUACGACAAGAACUUCAUCUUGUUCUCCUGGUCAAGGUACAACUACUUCCACUGGGCCAGCACCACCUGAAAAGAGAGCAGCGAGUGGUCAUAAGAAGAAACACAAGAAGCGAGGACAAGGACAAGGAGAUCAAAAUGGUGCAACGACAAGGGAAGUCCUCGGAGGUCAUCAAAGUAGUGCUCCUGUUUCACCAGCAACGACAUCUACACAGGAGGGAACAAUUUUUGACUAUAAUGUUGACACACCUGCUGGAGGUCAUCAUCAGGACCACAAAAGGAAUCCAACUCACUCAAGCACAACUACGGCACCAUCUUCGUCUAAGAAGCAACAUCAUAAGGGAGCCGGAGUUCGUCGUGCCUCCACAACAGGCGCCGUUCCCUCCUCGACAGCUGCAAACUCUCCGACAACGAUGCUGACAACUGCACCUGGGAACAGUAGUUAAGGCUCAACUUCUUUCAAUGGUCACCAUUGAGAUUGGGGUCACUGAGAUCGAAGAGGCGACCCCUUCUUGAGAGAACCAACGGGGGAAAUAAAAGAAGGGAAAGGGGAGAGCUUUGAAGGGGGUCAGUCUCUUCCGUUCAGAGUCAGUGACCCAUGAAUGCUGAGCUUUAAAGUAGCUUGGCAAGUCCUACAGACGCUCCAGCAGCGCCUCCACGUCGCGGGCCAUCGCGGAUGAAGACGGUACAGAUACUAGAGGAUCCGACUGAAUGCAUCAGCGCUGAGGAGCAUGAAGACGAUGACGAGGAAUCCUCAGAGAAACAUCAACAACUAAGAACUUCUACAUUAGGCACGACCACAGUUCAGCAAGCGUCAACAUCGAUCCUUUCAUCGACAAUGAAGAUGGGUGCCGCGCUAAAGAGAAGCCUGAGUCGAAGACAUAUUACAACAGAGCCGUUAGCUAUGGUGAUAUGAAAUUAAAGAGCAGACUCAGUCGAAGACAUAUUAAUUACAGAUACAGAGCCAUUAAUAGUAUCUAUUAGUUCUGUGAUCAUAGAUAUAGAUUCUGAGUCUCCGAUAGGUCAUUAUCUCACGAACAGGGUCCACUUCUUCUCUGAGUCUGAUCACUAUUGACUUUUCUAACUUUCUCUCCGCUGCCAAAGCGAUCGUCCCGGGUUCAGGUGAGGAGCCUGCGCAACCUCCGAAGCUACGUAGAGCAGGAACUAGUUACUUGCAAGAAACAGUACCGCAUAGCCACCUGCCAGGCAUGACUCCUGAUAGCGAUCAUCAUCAGACCAGCAAUAGUGCGAAUGGUGCACUCACUGGCACUCCUGGUGCCACCAUCACAAAUAUUAUGGCGAACAUUUACUUUAUUAUAAUUCAAUUUUUGCGUUUGCCACUUUGAGUGGCGUUUCGCGGUGUUACAUAGUUCUUGUCUUUUUGCCUUUCUUGCUCGCAAGAAGGGGCUGUAGCGUUGUUGAGCAAAAACACCACGAAGUAGAAUAUCAUGAAAAGGUAGUUUCCUCUGCUGUUGUUUCCUCUAAUUGCUUCACAAACUCCUUGACCAGCAUCGCAACUACUACCACAUCUUCCCCCAAACCUCCAGAAGGCAACAGCAUUGGUGCAGACGAAGCCGGACACGGACAAGGGAGACCAAGUACUAGCUCCGCAGCCGGUGGAGGAGGACCUAGUGGAGGAGGACUUAGUGGAGGAGGACCUAGUGGAGGAGGACCUAGUGCCACUUCUGGAAGUCGACAUCAAUUGCAGAGGUCAGCAACGCAUAGACUGGGCGACAGACCAGUAUCGCAGCUAUCCAGGAGACGCAGUCUACGAGAACCAUCCGUAAAGAAAGACUACAGAUUGGUGGAUUUUGCAAUGUUGGAACCGCGAUAGUUGAUUUAGAUUUAGAUUUUACUAAAAUCAAUGAAAAUAAGAUGCAGAAACAAAGUCAGAUACUGCUAUCAUAGGUUUUUAUUUCUAGUAAAGAAUGUGUUAUCUUUUUCGAUCCAAAGAAAUCCUCCAAAAAUAUCAUGAAAUAUUCUAUCAGACUUCAUUCGUACGUAAUCAACAGGACUAUAUCUCGUCCUGUAACUACUUGUUCAAACCAAAAUACUAACAUUUAUCACUUUCUCAACAUACUUCCUCUUCAUCACUUAUACGUAAAGAAAGAGAGACUCUAGGGUAUCGAGAAACAAUCAAAUUUUCAUACAUAAGUACAAGGAGCCUGGAAUGGGCAUUGGGGGUGAUUAUUUUUUUGAGAGGUUCGUUUUAUGGAAGUCAGUGACACGUCGAAUAGUCUUUAAUGCAUAAUCAGUUGACAUGUUUUUGCUUAGGAUUUUUUUCUUGAAGAUUUCAGGACCACUAUAAUGAAACGUCUAAGAAAGUCGAUAUUUCCAAGAAUAAUUCAAUAGUUACAUUUUCAUCUAUUUCAAACUAAGUAUGUUCCUUGUUUAUUUUUUCUAAGAAUAAAAAGAGUGCAGUCAGUUUUCGGGUUUUCCUUUCGUUGUAUUCGGCUGUACAGAAUCAGAAACACAUCAAUCAAGUCUGCUCUCCGAUGCUAGACACGACUAAAAAGACGAGACGGGAAUAAAAAAAAUGACUAGUUAGCAAUUAAUAUAGUCAACUGAAAUAGAGUCCGAUUCGACGUAGAUCUCAUGAUAAGUUUUCGUCUUUUUGAAUUAGCAUCAUGAUCACCUUUAGACAUGAUACCCACAGACAUGUUCAAGUCUUACUUCACUGUUCAACAUAGUUUUGCACAUCCAUUCCAACCUAGGAGGUUGUUUCAAGCUUAUUUGGCAAUGGCAGCCUCGAUAUCCG